GCAUCGCCUCCUUCCAGUGCCUGCUGGGGCUGGGCGUGUGGAACCCCCGCGGGCCCGACCUGAGCAACUGCACCAGCCCCUGGGUCAACCAGGUGGCCCAGAAGAUCAAGAGCGGGGAGAACGCGGCGGCCAUCGCGGCGGAGCUGGCGCGCCACACGCGGGGCCCGGUGUUCGCCGGCGACGUCAGCUCGGCCGUGCGGCUGCUGGAGCAGCUCCUGGACAUCCUGGACGCGCAGCUGCAGGCGCUGCGCCCGCUCGAGAGGGAGUCCGCGGGCAAGAACUACAACAAGAUGCACAAGCGGGAGCGAACCUGCAAGGAUUACAUCAAGGCCGUGGUGGAGGCCGUGGACAACCUGCUGCGCCCGGAGGCGCUGGAGUCGUGGCGGGACAUGAACGGCUCGGAGCAGGCGCACACGGCCACCAUGCUGCUGGACGUGCUGGAGGAGGGCGCCUUCCUGCUGGCCGACAACGUCAAGGAGCCCGCGCGCUUCCUGGCCGCCCGGCAGAACCUGGUGCUGGAGGUGUCGGUGCUCAACACCGAGGGGCCGCUCCAGGAGCUCGUGGGUGGUGAAGGGGUGGUGAAGGUCGUCUUCAUCCUCUACAACAACCUGGGGCUGUUCCUGCCCACCGAGAACGCCACCGUGCGCCUCGGGGGGGACGGGGGGCCCCGCGCCCCCCAGCUCGUGGUCAACUCCCAGGUCAUCGCCGCCUCCAUCAACAAAGAGUCCAGCAGGGUCUUCCUGCGGGACCCCGUGGUCUUCACGCUGCCCCACCUGGAG